AUCUUUCUCAUUCUCCCGUGAAACUACGUUGUUUAUGUUUUUCUUCUGUUGCUGAGAGAAAAAGAGAAAAAAAAGUUGCUUUUAUUUUUUAUUCUCUUUUUAUUGUUUAUUUCUUUUCUCUUCUCUCUCUCUCAUCUUAUUCUCUACGUGUUCAUCUAAUCAUAGAAAAUAUUGUUUUUCUUUUCUUUUUUAAUUUGUGUUCUUUUUAAUCUCUCUCUCUCUCACUGUGUUCAAAAUCGCAUUUGUUGAAUAUAAUCAACUAUCAACAACAUUUUUAUUCCAUUAGAAAUGAUUAAUGGAUUAAACAAUGUGAAGGAUUCUCGUUGGUUACAACUUGAGGUUUGUCGUGAAUUUCAACGUAACAAAUGUACAAGACCAGGAACCGAAUGUAAAUUUGCUCACCCGCCCGCGGGUGUCGACGUUCAAAAUGGCCGAGUAGUCGCUUGUUAUGAUUCAAUUAAGGGUCGAUGUAAUAGAGAUAAGCCACCAUGUAGAUACUUUCACCCACCUCAGCAUUUAAAGGAUCAACUAUUAAUCAAUGGUCGUAAUCAUUUGGCUUCAAAAAAUGUUAUUCUUCAACAAAUGCCCCAGCAAACCGUCCUCAAUACUGGACAAUUGCCUUUGGUAAGUUUUCCACUUUCUCUUGUUACCAAGCCGAAUAGCACGGCAACAGCGGCAGCAACUUCGCACGUUCUGGCCCAAGCUGCUGUUGCUUCUACCUUGGCUGCCGUCGAAAAGCGAGCACGAGAAGCUGGAGAUCUCUUAAUGUUCAACUAUCAACAACAUUUCAUACCAUUAGAAAUGGUAAAUGGUUUAAAUAAUGUGAAAGAUUCUCGUUGGUUACAACUUGAGGUUUGUCGUGAAUUUCAACGUAACAAAUGUACAAGACCAGGAACCGAAUGUAAAUUUGCUCACCCGCCCGCGGGUGUUGACGUUCAAAAUGGCCGAGUAGUCGCUUGUUAUGAUUCAAUUAAGGGUCGAUGUAAUAGAGAUAAGCCACCAUGUAGAUACUUUCACCCACCUCAGCAUUUAAAGGAUCAACUAUUAAUCAAUGGUCGUAAUCAUUUGGCUUCAAAAAACGUUAUUCUUCAACAAAUGCCCCAGCAAACCGUCCUCAAUACUGGACAAUUGCCUUUGGUAAGUUUUCCACUUUCUCUUGUUACCAAGCCGAAUAGCACGGCGACAGCGGCCGCUGCAACCUCGCACGUUUUGGCCCAAGCUGCUGUUGCUUCUACUUUGGCUGCUGGUAAAAAACGCGCACGUGAAACUGGAGACCUUUUAAUGACAUUUCCGGGAGUUUUACCUAUGACUAAACGACCCGCUCUGGAAAAGAGUGGAUUACCUGUUUUUCAACCUGCAGCUAUGGUUUCAGCUUAUCAACAAGCUCUCGCCAUGUAUCAAUCAUUUGUUCCAUUAGCUUAUAAAUGGUCCAGUUGAACAUCCGCCCAAGUGAUUUAAUCGUUUUGGUUUAUUUCUUUUUCAAGAUUCGUUUUCUCUCCUCUUCAGAUUAAGAUGAGAUGAGAGGACAGGCACCAAAUCGAAAGAAAGAAAAUAACACAAAACAACGAAGAAUCAUAACUUCAAUUGCUUCCCUCGACUCUCUCUAUCUUUAAAUCCUCUUCUCAUCUUUUAUCGUCCACCUCAUCCAAUCUUCACCUCUUUCUUUCUCGUCAUCUGUCCGAAUAGUCAAAAAUUAUUUGUAUUUUCAAUCAUAUUUUGAAAGAUUGAAAACUUUUCUCGUCAUCUUAUAAAAUUCAUCAUCAUCUCUCUUUCUCUCUCUUACUCUUCAAUUUUUCUUUUUUUUCAAAAUCUUGUCGUUAUUUUGUCAAUUCCUCAUCUUUAUCUCUUCUUUUCAUUCUUUCUUUAUUCAUCUCUACUGAAGAUUAAUAUGAUGAUAAAGACAAUAUGAUUAAUGUUUUGCUGACAACUUCUGGAUACUUUUCACUUUGAGUCUCCCAUGGUUCAAGUACAAUACCUUGAUUCUCCACCUUAUUCAAUAUCAUCUGUGAAAAGUUUUCCUGAGAUGAACUCAUAAUUGACCAAUUGAUUGACACAUGGAAAAUGAACUUGUUCAAUUGAACCACCAGAUAAAAGCAUCACUUUCUCCACCAAAUCAAGUUGACGAAAUUGAAUUGUGAUUUACAAUGAAUAAGAUAAUUACAUUGAUCUUUAAACAAGCGAUACAAAGUUGGCCUCAAAGACCAUUGUUCUUAUACAUUAGCCUGAAAUCUAUUACCGAGACCAAGGAUAGCCGGUGAUCCACCAAGUGAAGUGCCAUUGAAAAUUACAAGAAAGUGUCACGAUUUCCUCCCACUCCGGGUCAGCAAAUUUCCCAACAACAACCUUAUUGGUCAGCCAAUGAACCAACUACAAAGAGCAACAAUGGCUGCCCUUAAAUUAAAUCAUAUUAAGAAAGAUUGGCCUUUAGUCUUCGUCAUUUUAUUAUCUUUCAUUUUUCUUCUCUCUUUUUACCUUUGUUCAAAAUCUUUUCGUUAUUUUGUUCAUUCCUCUUCGUUGUCUCUUUUCUUGUCCUCUUUAUCUUCCUCUCUUGCUCCAUUCACUCCUCUUUACUAUAGAUUAAGAUUGUAAAAAAGACAAUAUGAUUAACGAGAGGAUGACAAUAUGAUGAUAAAAAUGACGACAACCAGCAUUUUAUCAUUUUUCUUUCUCUCUCAAAGUUAGUUGAAAAAAAUAUGUGAUUUGUUUUCCCUACAACUACUGUUACACUUACCAAGCAAAAAGAGAAUCCUGUCCAUUCUUGACAUGAAGGUCGAUAAGUUACAAAAGUUACCAAAAAACAUUGUAUCUAAUAACCUUAAUCUCUCCCACCUUGAAAGUCUCUAUCCAUCAUCACCAUUAUCACCAUGUUCAUCUUCAUCUUCAUCAUCGCCCCUUAUUUUAGUCAUAAACAUUGUCAUUUCUUUUUGACCCUCUCUCACUUUAGUCAUACACCAAAACAAUUAUCACAGAAAAAUCAAAGCAAAGACAAUAACCACACAUACACACAAAGAAACACAACCAAAACAAACCAAUCGACGGUUCAUUUAGUGCAAUUCACUGUGGUGAUCUCAUUUUUCCCUCAUCAUUCAUUGUUCAUUUUCAUUAAUGAUUUUCAAUUAAUUAUUAUCAUUAUUAUUAUAUUAUUAUAAUCAUUGUAAUUAACCUUAAUUGUGUUUGCUGAGAAUAGCCAACAACAACAAAAAGCAACGAUUGAAGCAUUUUCAACCAACAACAAUUCAAAAAUAAUGCCUUGCACUAAGCGGAUCCGUCCAAUGGUAUUAUUGAUAAAGUUAUUAUCACUUUCUAAUCAUCGAUGAAUAUUUAACCAAAUAUGAAGAUGAUAAAAAUGGAAUCAAUUAAGAUAAUGAUGAUAAUAACAAUUAAUUAUAAGCAAGUAUAUACAAAUUAAAGUGUAAACCAAAAUGAUAAGAUAACAAACAAAAGAAACACCAAAAGUUAUGUUAACAAAAUUGAAAAGUAAACAAAAAAAUCAAAGAUAAAUAUCUAAAUAUAUUAAAAUUUAAAAGAAAUUAAUAAACAAUUAAACUUGA